GCGGAAGCAGGAAGGGCAGAGCUAAGGCGGGCGGGCGCUCGGGAGGCGGCGGUGCAGUGGUUGCCCUGCCAUGUCGGCGCACCAGCGGGGCACGGAGCUCGACCUUAGCUGGAUCUCCAAAAUACAAGUGAAUCAAGCGGCAGUUCUGAGGCGUGCAGAACAAAUCCAGGCCCGCAGACCCGUGAAAAAGGAGUGGCAAGCUGCUUGGCUCCUGAAAGCUGUUACCUUUAUAGAUCUUACUACACUUUCAGGCGAUGACACAUCUUCCAACAUUCAAAGGCUCUGUUAUAAAGCCAAGUAUCCAAUCCGGGAAGAUCUCUUAAAAGCUUUAAAUAUGCACGAUAAAGGCAUUACUACAGCUGCCGUUUGUGUCUAUCCUGCCCGGGUAUGUGAUGCAGUAAAAGCACUAAAGGCUGCAGGCUGUGAUAUCCCAGUGGCAUCAGUGGCCACUGGCUUUCCAGCUGGGCAGACUCAUUUAAAAACACGAUUAGAAGAGAUCAGAUUGGCUGUGGAAGAUGGAGCUUCAGAAAUUGACGUGGUAAUUAACAGGACCUUGGUGCUGACGGGCCAGUGGGAAGCCCUGUAUGAUGAGAUUCGUCAGUUUCGCAAGGCCUGUGGGGAGGCUCAUCUCAAAACCAUCUUGGCAACAGGAGAACUUGGAUCUCUUACGAAUGUCUAUAAAGCCAGUAUGAUAGCAAUGAUGGCAGGGCUAGACUGGAAAAGCUCGGGAUUUUUAUUCAAGCAAUUGACUCAGAGAAAAAGCAGCUCACGCAGAGAUGGGGAAGAGAUUCAGCCUCAGAACAAAGAGAAGGAGACAGAUGUUGGGAAGCCACAGUCUUAUGGUCUUGAGUGAUGUUGUAUUUGAUGCUUUUAAAGAUGUAUUCACGGUCCCAGAAGAAGAAGAGAAAAAGAAAGGGACUGAGAAAAUAUUUGAAGAAAUUAUAGUUGAAGACCUCCCUAAUAUGGGAAAGAAAAUAGUCAAGUCCAGGAAGCACACAGAGUCCCAUACAGGAUAAGUCCAAGGAGAAACAUGCCAAGACACAUAUUAAUCAAACUAUCAAAAAUUAAAUACAAAGAAAAAAUAUUAAAAGCAGCAAGGGAAAAGCAACAAAUUACAUCCAAGGGAAUCCCCAUAAGAUUAACAGCUGAUCUUUCAGCAGAAACUCUGCAAGCCAGAAGGGAGUGACAGGACAUAUUUAAAGUGAUGAAAGGGAAAAACCUGCAACUAAGAUUACUCUACCCAGCAAGGAUCUCAUUCAGAUUCAAUGGAGAAAUUAAAACCUUCACAGACAAGGAAAAGCUAAGAGAAUUCAGUACCACCAAACCAGCUUUACAGCACAUGCUAAAGGAACUUCUCUAGGCAGGAAACACAAGAGAAGGAAAAGACCUAAAAUAACAAACCCAAAACAAUUAAGAAAAUGGGAAUAGGAACAUACAUAUCGGUAAUUAGCUUAAGUAUAAAUGGUUUAAAUGCUCCAACCAAAAGACAUAGACUGGCUGAAUGGAUACAAAAACAAGACCCGUAUAUAUGCUGUCUACAAGAGACCCACUUCAGACCUAGGAACACAUACAGACUGAAAGUGAGGGGAUGGAAAAAGAUAUUCCAUGCAAAUGGAAAUCAAGAGAAAGCUGGAGUAGCAAUUCUCAUAUCAGACAAAGUAGACUUUAAAAUAAAGAUUAUUACAAGAGACAAAGAAGGACACUACAUAAUGAUCAAGGGAUCAAUCCAAGAAGAAGAUAUAACAAUUGUAAAUACUUAUGCACCCAAGUAGGAGCACCUCAAUACAUAAGGCAAAUGCUAACAGCCAUAAAAGGGGAAAUCGACAGUAGCACAAUAAUAGUAGGGGACUUUAACACUCCACUUUCACCAAUGGACAGAUCAUCCAAAAUGAAAAUAAAUAAUAUAGGACAUUCCAUCCAAAAACAACAGAAUACACUUUCUCCUCAGUGCUCAUGGAACAUUCUCCAGGAUAGGUCAUAUCUUGGGUCACAAAUCAAACCUUGGUGAAUUUAAGAAAAUUGAAAUCGAAUCAAGUAUCUUUCCCAACCACAAUGCUAUGAGACCAGAUAUCAGUUACAGGAAAAAAAACCUGUGAAAAAUACAAACACAUGGAGGCUAAACCAUACGUUACUAAAUAACCAAGAGAUCACUGAAGAAAUCAAAGAGGAAAUAAAAAAAUACCUAGAAACAAAUGACAAUGAAAACACAAUGACCCAAAACCUAUGGGAUGCAGCAAAAGCAGUUUUAAGAGGGAAGUUUAUAGCAAUACAGUCCUACCUC